GUUUACCAUACAUACAACAAUAAAAACAAAGCUAUUUUUAAAGAGAGCUUGCACAGAUGGAUUACAGUAUGAGGACAGUUAAUUUUGAUCAAUUCGGAUGACAUGGGUAAUAGUAUGAAACAUAAAAAGAAUUAUGUUUAUCAGGACAUGCUAUAAAAAGUUGAUUUUGCGUAUAUCUAGGUGUGAUCCCACCAUAGUCCGCAGAUAAACCUGUCCAGAUCUCAUUCCUAAAUUUCGUCUGAGUCAUCCCAUGUAAAAAGACGAGAUGCCGAAGCACAAGCAACCUCUGUCUUUGAUGUGGACCAGCAUGGUCGAGGUGACAAGACUGAUUCAAGGAGCGUGCGACAACAUUUACGACUCGCACUGGUCCUCCAACGACCACAACCUGCUGUCCCCGCUGGAGGCGAGCUCAGAGGCCAUCGAGGAAGUGCGUCGGUACUUCAUCGAUCCGCUGCCGUACCUGCUCCGGGAGAUGAUCUGCAAUAGAAGACACUUUGAAUUCAACUACGAGAACUACGUAAACAACGCCACGCAGAAGCUGCUGAUUUUCCUCAGGGUGGUGAUGCACAAAGACCUGACCAUAUUCCACAUCCCAGUGCUGAAGCUGCUGCCCUCGCACUUGGGGGCGCUGCCGGACAGCUUCUGGUGCCAACAGCUGUCCACCAUGAACAAACUGCAGUCGCUCAACCUGACCAACGUGUGCACAGACGAGCUACUCCGCGUCAUCAGCGAGAGCUGUCCCUUGCUGGAGGACAUCAAGGUCGUGUCUAAGUCGAGAAACAUGUCCGCAGAGUUCAACUUCAACGCCCUCCGCAAGGCCUACCACGUGACGGAUUCUGGUCUGCUGCACCUGCGGCGCUGCAAGCGGCUGAAGCGAAUCUCCAUCGGCGUGGCCAGGAUGCAGAACCGGCAAAUCACGCCAAAAGGCAUUUUGACCCUGAUGCUCGAGCUGCCUGACCUGCAAAGUCUGAACUAUCCCUACAUGGACGCCGUUUUGCAGAAUUUGAUCGCCAACAGAAUCGAGACGACGUUCAAAAUCGAGCAGAUCGUGGACAAGAGCUGCACGCUGAUCCACGCGCAGGUGCUGGCCGCGCAGUUCCAGAAUCUGAAAAGGUUGCACUUGGACCUGAGCCAGGACAUGGCCAAAGAGAAGCAACUGUUGGAGUCAACGGCCGUUCUAAAACUCUUGGCUGAUUCCAGUUUGAAACUCAACUCGCUGAGCCUGGGAAAAUGUUGUGUCAGCAAACAAACACUGCUGGAAUUUUUGUCUGUGAAAGGAGCCUUCCUGAGUGAGUUGAUUUUGAACGAUAACGCGUGCGAGAUCGACGCCAAGACGCUCAUUUUGAUCGGCACCAUGUGCCCUUACCUGGUUCAAUUGUGUCUGCAAAACCUCGAGACGGGGGAUUUUUGCGGGCAAGUUCCUCCUGGAUUGUUUCCCCACUUGAAAGACUUGAGCAUCAUCAGCAGAAAUAGCUGGGACGUGUCCAUUUUGCUUUCAAUUCUCUUUAAAGGAGAGGAAUUAGUGACUCUGAAUAUUGAUGUUCACUACCGCUUGUGCAACAUUAACAACUUUUUCACCAAUUUCUUCAAAUACUCCAAGCUUCCAAAGUUGAGGAAAAUCCUCUUCGGUGGUUCAGCAAUAAUUAAUCAGAGCACUUUGGAGAAUUUGUACAACAACUGUCAAAACUUGGAGACGAUUAUGUGCGAGGAGAGUCUGGUCCAGCUGACGAAACAAUCAUUCCUUGAUGACUUGAGAGACGAAAUCAACUCGAAAAAUUAUGACUUUGGCCUGUACAUAUUUGGAUGAAUAAUCAAUUUAUCUCAAUUACAUUAAUAAGCGCUUAUUCCAAAAUGUGAGACUGUCAGUCUUAAGUAAUAAAUUUUUCUGUUAUUCA